AACAGAAAGAUUUUUGAUUGGUGUAUCUUGAGUUCUCGAACUUCCAUCAGAACUCAAGACUUACUAUCCAUAGGUGGACUGCCAUCCUGCCUUCAGGGUGGUGCCAAUGAGAAUCUGGUUGUUCUCCAUGUAGGGUCUACUAUGCGUGCCCUUCCAGCUUUCAGUAUUUUCGAUGAGCACUCUGCACGAUCACAUUCCUGAACGAAUGUCCUUCCAAGUUUAUUGCCUGAAUCCACCCUCAGAUUCUUGUGAAUUUGGGCCGUGCCCAAACAUCGAUGUCACUGGCAUAGGACAGCAAAUUGCACUUGGAUUCGCAGCGACUACCUUUGCGAUCACAGUUCUUUUCAACACCAAUGAGGUUCGCCUGGCGUAUUACAGCUACCUUGCCAACAUUUAUUCCCUCCUCAUCUCUGCAAUCAUCUCGAUGUCUAAAGGGCAGCUCACGCGGAAUGACGCCGUUUUUGUUGUCGUGGCCAUCAUCUCGCCUGGCACCCUCUAUCUUUGGAUCAUAGCCUUUAUGGACCUAGUAAAACGCCCGCCAAGGCGCAUCAAGAAUAAGAUCGCGGUUCACGAGUGGAAAUUCUUCGUUUUCUUAUCCAUUUUCUCAUUCAUGUUUUGGGUCAUUAUACUCGGGUUGGUCGUUUCCCCCCCCAACACAGUUGUGUUCAGUCAGCCAGCCUGUAGUCAAGAGUACGGCCCAUCUGAAAUCUUCAAUUUGUCUUGGUCCGUAGAAUUCCUUGUUAAAGCGGUCUUUGCAACUUGGGUGCUGCUCAGGUCACGGAUAUACGAGCAGAAGAAUCGCAGUUCCAACGAUGGUCUCAACCUAAUAACGUGGACUUCGCACUUCCUAAGGACAUCCAAGUUUGCAGGAUACGCGGGCUCUCCGCCCUUUUUUGCUAGCAUCCUUUUGAUUAUGCAACUUUCAAACAUACCAAAUUCCCCAAUCAUGAUUGAAGGUGAUACGAGAUGGGUAUUUCAGUUCUUGAAUUGGUGGGAAGUCCAAUCGUGCCUACUCGGCGCUAUCCUGAUGUUACCGGUCGUGUGCCUUAUGCUGGCCCCUAUGCGGACAAAAGCAUAUUUGCCUCUGAUAGUGCUGUUCGGUGUUGGUCUUGCAAUCUCAAAUCCACUCUUGGGGAUAUCAUCUUUGGACCUCGUAAACAGUGCUUGCUGGCUACUCAUCGCGAGGAUCUAUCAUGUUUCAGCUGGAAAGUGGUUCGUAUGCCUUUUCAUCACUAUUACCGCAAUUCUCAACGUGUCAAUGGGAUGGUACUUUUCUGUCUCGGUGCUAUUCCCGCAAACGGGGUGGUUCCUUCUCUGGCGAGUCUACUCAUUCAAGCAGUCUGGUUCAAUCUGGGAUACACUGACACAGCUGUGGUCUCGGACGAUUGAAAGCGCUCCCGUCUUUAAAUUUUACCUCCUAAUUCUAGCACCUACGCUAGCAUGGGCUCAGUCUAUUGUGGCUUCUAAUCCCACAAACUCCUAUUCUAUGACAUUCGGCCAGAUAUUCGCUCUAAGCAUAGCCACCCUGCCUACCUCGUCGCUUGCUGUGACCUGUUUGCGAAACCGGCGAGAGAUCUUGAGGGCCAUAUGGAUGACUGACAUCAGAGAUCUGGAUUCGACGGGUAUACCUAUGCAUGUUUGUCCACCGAACAUAAGUAGGGGCGCUUUGAAGUUUAGAUAUCUCUUUGGAGGUUCCUCACGAUCGGAGUCUCCAGCCGUUCAUCCUGCAUCUGGCUCAUCUGAAACACGCAGUCAACGCAUAACGAACGGAGUGGCAUGAGGAGUAAAUCUGCUUGCUUGCAGACAAUGCAGAAUAUUUCGUCAAUCAUUUGCUUUACGUACUCCCACGUCUCAUGUAGUCCCGAUCCUUCUUUUUUUGUGGUAUUCUUGUUUAUUAUCCGUUGGGGCGGAGCCCUGUAGUAGAGAAUACCUAGCUACGAUAUGUAACACAUUUGGUGUACCUUGCUUGAUACAUGGUGGCAACUCC